UACUUUCACUUUCACCAACAUGUGCACUUGGAUUCAGACGAGCCGUUCGACAACAGCUAAUCAUGUCUAGCAUGGAUCUAAGCCUGUCCCCAGUGGAUUUCACCUUGAACCUAUGUUCAACAAUCUACCAAUUGGCUGAGAAUGCGACUGCCAACAACACAUAUUGCCAACAAGUCGUCCAGAGAGUCAAACUACUGGAGGAACUGGUUCAUACCGUCAAACAAAGAGAGCAUGAAGUAAUCUCUGACACUGUGGCGAAAGUUCUGAAGGAAAUCUGCAGCACUCUGAAAUCUGCCAAGACGCUGAUGGAGAAAUUUUCUACGGGCUUGAUGGAGUCCAGCAGCCACGAAGAUGAGUUUUCCAAUGUGAACGAAAUGCUCACUAACAACUUCCAGGUACUGUCGGGGGCUCUUCUGAUUGACCAGGGAAACGCGACAUACCAAGGGUAUGAAACUGUUGGAGGAAAGACACAGCCUCAUACUAGCCCCACAGCGCCUCAACCCAGCACCAUGCCCCCCAAGAUAAUGCAAAAUCGCACAGAUGCUGAGCCUAAACCCAGCACAAUGCCCCCCAAGACAACGCGAAACCCCACAGAUGCUGAGACCCCAUCCAGCACCAUGCCCCCAAAGAAAACACAAAACCCCACAGAUGCUGAGCCUCAACCCAGCACCAUGCCCCCCAAGACACUGCAUAGCCCCACAGAUUUGUCUCAACCAAGCACCAUGCCCACAAUGACAAUGCAUUACUCUACAGCCGCAAUGCCUCAACCAAGCACAAUGCCCCCCAUGACAAUGCAUUACUCCACAGCCACAGUGCCUCAAACCAUUACAAUGUCUCCCAUGACAAUGCAUUACCCCACAGCCACAAUGCCUCAACCCAGUACCCCAACCCCCAUGUCGACGUAUUACCCCACACACCCUAAGCCUCAAGCCAGCACUAUGCCACUCAUGACAUCCUAUAUCCCCACAAGCCAUAUGCCCCAACCCAGCACCAUGCCCUCCAUGACAAUGUUUUGCCCCAUAGGUUUUAUGCCUCAACCCAGCACCAUACCGCCCAUGGCAAUCUAUAGACCCACAGCCCCUAUUCCUUUCCAAAGCCCCAUGCCAAUGUGUCACCCCACAUCUCCUGCGCCUGCUGGCUGGUUCAUGCCCUCCAUGGCAAUGUCUAACUCUAUGUCCCCCAUGUCCUACAUCCCUUUCUCCACCCCCACAUCCCCUGAUUCUGACGAAAACGAGUUCUACAAUGUGGACAAAAUGCUCACUGAUAACUUACAGGUACUGUCUGAGGCUCUUCUGAUGGAGCAGAAAAACGCCCCUGACCAAGUGUAUGACACAGUUGGGGGAAGGACGGAGCCUCAUACUAGCCCCAUAGCCCCUCAACCCAGCACCACACCCCAAAUAACAACGGAUAUCCACACAACCCCUGUGCCCCAACCCAGCACCAUGCCCGCCAUGACAAUGUAUAGACCCCAAACCCCUAUUCUUUUACAGAGCCCCAUGCCCACCAUGACAAAGUGUCACCCCACAUCUCCUGCGCCUGUCGGCUGGUUCAUGCCCUCCAUUGCAAUGUCUAACUCAAUGUCCCCCAUGUCUUCCAUCUGUUUCCCUACCGCUACAGUCCCCAAUUCCGACAUGGGCAUGAUGGAGAAAUUUUCUCCGGGCUUGAUGAAGUCCAGCAGUCACGACGACGAGUUCUCCAAUGUGGACAAAAUGCUUACUGAUAACUUCCACGUACUGUCGGAGGCUCUUCUAAAUGACCAGGGAAACACGCAGCACCAAAUGUAUGAUACUGUUGAAGGAAAGACACAGCCUCAUACUAGCCUCACAGAACCUCAACCCAGCACUAUGCCCUCCAUGACAACAAAUAACCCCACAGCUCUUAUGCCUCAACCCAGCACCAUGUCCCACGUGACAACGUAUAACCCCAUAGCCACUGUGCCUCAACCCAGCAACAGGCCCGCCAUGACAACUCAUAAACCCACAGACGAUAUGCCUCAACCCAGCACGACGUCCCCCAUGACAUCGCAUUACCCCACAGACCAUAAGCAUCAACCCAGCACCAUGCCUCCCAUGACAAUGCAUAGCCCCACAUCCUCUAUGCCUCAACCCAGCACCACGCCCCAACUGACAACGGAUAUCCACAAAACCCCUGUGCCUCAUCCCAGCACCAUGCCCUCCAUGACAAUAUAUAGACCUCAAACCCCUUUUCUUUUACAGAGCCCCAUGCCCACCAUGACAAAGUGUCACCCCACAUCUCCUGCGCCUGUCGGCUGGUUCAUGCCCUCCAUUGCAAUGUCUAACUCAAUGUCCCCCAUGUCCUCCAUCCGUUUCCCUACCCCUACAGUCCCCAAUCCUGACAUGGGCAUGAUGGAGACAUUUUCUCCGGGCUUGAUGGAGUCCAGCAGCCACGACGAUGAGUUCUCCAAUGUGGACAAAAUGCUUACUGAUAACUUCCAGGUACUGUCAGAGGCUCUUCUGAUUGACCAGGGAAACACGCUGCACCAAAUGUAUGAUACUGUUGAAGGAAAGACACAGCCUCAUACUAGCCUCACAGAACCUCAACCCAGCACUAUGCCCUCCAUUACAACAAAUAACCCCACAGCUCUUAUGCCUCAACCCAGCACCACGCCCCCCAUGACAACUCCUAACCCCACAGACAUCAAGCCUCAACCCAGCACCACGCCCCCCAUGACAGCGCAUAACCCCACAGACACCAUACCUUAACCCAGCACCAAUGUGUCACUCCACAUCUCCUGCACCUGUUAGCUGUUUCAUGCCCUCCAUGGCAAUGUCUAACUCUAUGUCCUCCAUCCCCCCCCUUCAUUCCCCAGUUCUGUCAUGGACAUGAUGGUACCAACGGAUCCUUCAACACAAACUA